GUCGGAUUUACGUUUCGCUCGUUUAUUUACUUUUUCGACACUUUCGUCAAACAAGUUAUUUUACACUUCACACCAUUAUGUCAUUUACGGAGAGCGAAAACUGGUUAGCGCUCUUCGAAAGUGUAUCGCGAAUUAGCAAAAGCAAGGGUGCUGAACUCGAUCAAGAAUCUGAUGAAAAACCUUUCACCAGGGCGGAGAUAUCAUACCUCAACAAGUUGCUGAAUUCUAAGCUUUUUGAGACGCACGACUUGGACUUUGAAAUCCUGCGGUCUGACCCCAACCAUCCUCUUCAUUCCGUUCGCACGUUUCAAGAAUUAAACUUGUAAGCUUUUAUGUUGUACCUUAACUAUAACAGCAGAAAGGAACCUCUUCUGAAAGGUAUCGCAGCUAUGGGGUUUUACAAACCAUCCACUAUACAAGAGCGAGCUUUGAGCAGCCUAAUAUCUGACAAGUAAAUACUGAUAUUUUGUUUGGAUGUGAUUGAUUCAACGUGCCUUGCAGGCUUUAUAUGGGGGGGGGGAGGACACACGUUUUAACCAAAACUUGUACAGCUUUGCCUUGAUUAAUAUUGUGUUGGGGUUAUUCGACACUGCUUUUACUUUCUAGCCUCACUUAAUCUUACAGUUGACACCUAUGUUCAUAAGUAGUGUACACUUGUCAUGAAAAAUGCCCGAUUAUUUUAUGAGUUGUAAGUAUGGAAGCGGAUCUUAUUAUUCACAAUCAUUUGUAUUUUUUUAAAUGACAUCUGUUACAUGCAAGUUUGUACUCACGCUGAACGAAUGCAGCUAUUCCAGCUCUUUUAGUCUAGAUAUAAUUUGCUCACUAUCUUGAAUAGCUUUGUUAAACUAAUAGGCUUCAUGCCUGUCUGUUUUUAUGUUUUUAGGUGUUGGUUCUGCAGAAGAUUGUUCAGACACUAGUGAUACUUAGUAUACCUCGUAAAAAUUCGAAAGCUCUUGUCAUCUAUAAAAUAGCUUUUCACUUAUUUACCAUGUUGAUCGCUCAUUUUAAACAUGUUGAAAGCUAAUAGUAAAGGACGUCAACUAUGUUAGUGUUUUUUCGUACUUUACCCAUGUUUAUUAUUAUUAUUAUUUUAUUUGGACACAGAUAUUGGUACAAGGAGGCACCAGAUACAUAUGCGCUAUACAAAUCUCAUUUGAUUUGCUUGAGGGCUGUGAUAUUGCCCGGGUGCCCAAACCGAAGCUGGUGGUUUUCUUAGGGGGCAACACGUGGAGCCUUCCCAGGUAGAUGCUUUAUACUUAUGGGCGUGUGAGGGCAUUUCGAGAGAGAGAAACUGGACUCUCGGCCGUACCAGGGCAUUCGGCCCACAAAAUAUGAUUGCACAGUCUCAGUCUGGUACUGGAAAAACAGCAACAUUUCUUCUUGCUAUGUUGUCACGUAUUAGCACAGAUGUACAUUACUGUCAAUGCUUGUGUAUGGCACCUACACGUGAGUUGGCAUUGCAGAUAGAAUCAGUUGGUCGACAAAUGGCACAGUUCAUGACGGAGGUAUCUUUUGCUACAGCAGUCCGUUCACCACGUGUCAAAGUCGAUUCGAAUGGGUACGUAACUGAUCAGAUUGUUAUUGGUACUCCGGGUACAAUCGCGAAUUGGUUUCGUGGUACAGGAGAGUAUCGUAUUGAUCCAUCCAAAGUUGUUAUGUUUGUAUUAGAUGAAGCUGACAUAAUGAUAGAAGAAGAAGGUUUUCUCAAUAUAUGCAUGCGGGUUAAAAAGAAGUUGUCUAGAAAUUGCCAAAUCCUAUUGUUCUCAGCUACGUAUGAGGAUUCCAUUAUUGAUUUUGCACAUGAGUUUGUUCCCAAUCCGAUAGAGUUUCGCGUAAAGCGUACACAACUUCCUUUGAAGAAUAUUAAACAGUUUUACAUGUGCUUUAAUGAUUGGAUUGAAAAGUAUCAGGCGCUAAAAGAUAUAUAUGGAGGUUUUGAAGUUGGCCAAGCAAUUAUAUUUUGUGCAACACGACAGGAAGCUAGUUGGCUGGACGGGAAAAUGAAUUUGGAUGGUCAUAAAGUCUACAUACUUUCCGGUGAUUUAGAUGUUUCUCAACGCGAAAAAGUCAUUGAAGAUUUUCGUUCAUCAAAUUUCCGAGUUUUAAUUACAACUAAUGUGUGUUCUCGAGGCUUAGAUAUUCCACAAGUGAAUUUAAUAAUAAAUUGGAAUAUGCCAACAACAAGAACUGGUAGUGCUGAUUGGGAAACUUAUUUACAUCGUAUCGGUAGAUCCGGUCGUUUUGGAAAAGAAGGAAUAGCAGUCAAUUUUAUAGUGAAUGAAGAAAUGUACUUGUUAAAAGAAUUAGAAUCACAUUUUGAAAUAGAAAUUCCUGAAUUAACUGCUGAUGAUUUGAACAGAUUUUAAUUGAAGAUCCAUUGGUUUGUCAUAUAUAUAUUUUUGUAUUUCUUUUCAGUUCUGAUGUCACCAUCAGAUAUUGUAUCAUCAUUUUUCUGUCGGUCAGUGUUGAUUUUAUUAUCAGAGUUUAAAAUAUAUUACUUCUGAUAUCU